AUGUUUAAACCUAGUUUUUUAGCUAUAUCCAGACUAUUCAUAGUUCUUAUUGGUAUGAUCAAAGCAGGUUAUUCUUUGAUGAUUUUCUUAAAUUAUAACUUUUUGAUAUUUAGUGAAGAAAGUUCUAACUUCUACAAAUAUCUUGUAACCUUUUUUGUAGGAUCAAUUUUGGCUUUUCCACUCUAUAAAAACUUAUCAAGAAACUUUAUUCUCUUAUUUGCAGAAUCUCUCUAUAUUUUGAUGAUGAUCAUAAUUCCAUUUUCUUCUAACGACUUUAGAAUUUAUGGGUUCCUGUUAAGUGGCGGAUUUUGCUUUUUACUCUAUCCAAUUUAUUCAAAUGAAAAUUUACUAAAAGCUGACUAAAAAAAAUCAACUAUUAUCGCAUGGAUUUUCAUGGGAUUAGGAAUAAUAUAUUAUUUUUGGCUAACUUACCACUACUAGCUUAAGGAAAAUUUCUAAUGGAAAAUUGCAGGUGCUUUAAGUGUUUUAAAGUCAACUGAUAAUAUAACUCCAUAUGUUUUUGGUACUUUCUCAGUCUUGAAUGUUUUACUUAUCUUGCUUUAAAAAGGAAAGGAAACCAUUUAAUUUUACAAAUUGAAACAAGACAAACAAAAAAUCAUUGAAAUAUCUGAUUUACUUUACAGCGAUUUUUAUAGCAAUAAAGUGAAAAAUGAGUUUAAUAUAAAUAUUAUUGAAAGCACAAGUAGUCUCCUUUUAUAUGGGAUCUACAAUAAUAACGAAAUGAAUAGAUAAGAUAAAUAAAAACUUUUGAUCUAGAUGUUUUCAUUAUCUUUUUUUAUUGGAAGCCAAGGUCCUAUGAGUAACUUAAUUGAUACCGUUAUGAAUUAUUUGUAUCUUCUUCAAGGAGAUACUGAUUAUUUGAAUCUAAAAAUAAACUUUGGAGGAUUAGGAUCUUUUGUUUUCACAGAGCCCUUUUAAGUCUUAAAAAUUCAUGAGAUAAUUAUUUACUUUAUGUUUUUUUGGAUUGGAAAUAUAGCUUAAUAUGCAUUUAUUCAUAAUUCACUUACAGAAAAUGGUAUUGAAUUGAUGUACUGUCCUUAGAUAUUAAGUAUAAUUACAUUACUUCUGGUUAUUCUAUCUUUCUUAUUAUAUUCCUGA